CCCGCGUCGACGGUUCAGUGGCAGUGUCGUCAGCUCGGAUCGCGUUUUUCACGUCCCCGCCUUCGUCGACGUCGACCAUCAUGAAGUAAAACCCCUCGGCUGAGAAUUCCCUCUCUCGUCGUCCAGGAAAACUCCACGGGAAUUGUGCCUAAGGAUAGCGGAGGGAUUGGCGCUUUGGGUCUAUUAUGAUAGACCCGAGUUCAUCGGAGGAGGAGAGUGAUGAGGACCAAAGGCACGGCCACGCUCCCUCGAACCCCCCGCGGGAUCCCCGGAGGGGGCCCACCACCCACCCGGCCACUCAGCACCAUGUACAGGAACCUCCCGCCACUACCCUCGACGCCCCUUACUCCACCACCGCCAUGCCCAGCCGAUCCCUGUCGCCAGGAAGCGCAGUUUCGAUGGAAACAUCGAGUCUCAGCGCAGGGAUGGGCGUGGGUGGAACCUCGAGAACCAACUCCAUCCCGAGGCCGACGAGCCCUAGUCCCUCCGUCGUCAGCGAAAAGACUGAAGUUGACCUCCAGGAUAAACAGGAAAAGGAGGAAGAGGAAAGGAAGCGGCGGAUACAACUGUACGUGUUCAUCUCGAGAUGCAUCGCUUACCCUUUCAACUCCAAACAACCGACCGACAUGACGCGGAGGCCGACGAAAAUCACCAAACAGCAACUGGAAGCAAUACAAGGCCGAUUUCAGAGUUUUCUGAAAGGAGACACCCAGAUAAUGGCGGAUGAAGCUUUUCAGAAUGCUGUCAAUAGUUAUUAUGAAGUGUUCUUACGGUCUGAUAGGGUUUCAAAAAUGGUUCAAUCUGGUGCCUGUUCUCAACAUGAUUUCCGUGAAGUCUUCAGAAAUAAUAUAGAAAAAAGGGUUCGAUCCUUACCAGAAAUAGAUGGUCUUAGUAAAGAAACCGUUUUAGCUUCAUGGAUGGCUAAAUUUGACUGUAUAUUAAAAAUUGGAGAUGAAGAUUCAAAGAGGCCUUCGAGGAUGCAGCAAAACACCCUUAAUAGUGAAUUAAUCCUUUCAAAGGAGCAGCUGUAUGAUAUGUUUCAGCAAAUUCUAAGUGUAAAAAAAUUUGAACACCAACUACUUUUUAAUGCCUUACAGUUGGAUUCUGCAGAUGAGCAAGCUGCUGCAAUACGAAGAGAACUUGACGGUCGUAUGCAGAAAGUUGCAGAGAUGGAAAGGAAUCGCAAGUUAAUGCCACGGUUUGUCUUAAAAGAAAUGGAAUCUUUGUACAUAGAGGAAUUGAAGAGCUCCAUAAACACGUUGAUGGCUAAUCUUGAGUCGUUACCAGUAUCAAAAGGUGCCUCCGAUUCAAAGUAUGGGUUGCAGAAACUCAAACGACAAAAUCACAGUUUACUUUUUUCGGCUCUGCGGUCGAGAUCGUCUCAUAGUCGAAGGAGAAGCUCUAUCUUGAGAUCCCAAAGCUCACUCGUUAAGCUAGAUGGUGAUUCGGCAGAGAAUGAUACGCAGCUAACGAAAAUGGAUGUUGUCCUUACUUUUCAAUUAGAGGUUUUAGUAAUGGAAGUACAAGGUUUAAAAUCUUUAGCACCAAGUCGAAUUGUUUACUGUACGAUGGAAGUGGAAGGUGGUGAGAAACUGCAAACGGAUCAGGCUGAGGCUGCAAAACCUACGUGGGACACCCAAGGUGAUUUUUCCACGACGCAUCCUCUUCCUGCUGUAAAAAUUAAAUUAUACACGGAAAAUCCGGGUAUGUUAGCAUUAGAAGAUAAAGAAUUAGGCAAAGUUAUUUUAAGGCCAACGCCUUUAUCUCCCAAGGGUCCAGAAUGGCAUAAAAUGACUAUUCCUAAAAAUUGUGCGGAUCAAGACUUAAGGAUCAAAAUUGCCUGUAGAAUGGACAAGCCUUUAAAUAUGAAGCAUUGCGGGUAUUUAUACGCUCAGGGAAAGAAUGUCUGGAAGAAGUGGAAAAAGCGGUGGCAGGUUCUAGUUCAAGUUUCGCAAUAUACUUUUGCUCUUUGUAGUUAUAAAGAAAAAAAAUCGGAGCCCUCGGAAAUGAUGCAGUUGGAUGGAUAUACUGUAGAUUAUAUUGAGGCUGCAAGUGCUAACAUGAUGGUUGGAAUGGACCUGGAAGGUGGCCGUUAUUUUUUCAAUGCUGUCAAAGAGGGCGACAGCAUCCUUCUUGCCUGUGAUGAUGAAAGCGAGUGUCAUUUGUGGGUCAUGGCCAUGUACCGUGCUACGGGUCAGUCCCACAAACCCACACCCCUUGUAACUCCUGCUGCCAAAAACUCGACAAUAUCCAAAAUUCAAGGAGAUGCUGAUAAAGCUAGGAAACAUGGAAUGGAGGAAUUCAUUUCAGCAGAUCCUUGUAAAUUUGAUCAUGCCUCCUUGUUCAAAACGCUUCAAACAUUAACAUUAGAUUAUAGGCUUAAUGAUCCCUACUGUUCAUUGGGGUGGUUCAGUCCUGGCCAAGUUUUCGUCCUUGAUGAGUACUGUGCAAGGUACGGUGUUAGAGGAUGCUUCCGGCAUCUGUGCUAUUUGCACGAUCUCCUGGAUCGAGCGGAGAAGAACAUCAUGAUAGAUCCAACUUUAAUUCACUUUAGCUUUGCGUUUUGUGCCAGUCAUGUCCAUGGCAACAGCACGGAGGUAUUAGAAGACAAUACACCUGUACCCAGGCCGGAUAAAGUUGGCACUGUGACGCACGAAGAGAAGGACAAGUUCCAGGAAAUCAAAGAACGUCUUAGAAUCCUUUUAGAAAAUCAAAUCACCAACUUUAGGUUUUGUUUUCCAUUUGGAAGGCCUGAAGGAUCUUUAAAAUCAACUUUGUCCCUGUUGGAAAGGGUAUUAAUGAAGGAUGGUGUCACUCCUGUGCCUCUUGAAGAUGUUCGCGGUGUAAUAAAGAAGUGCCUCGAAUCUGCUGCCUUGGUCAACUACACGAGGCUCUCUGCGGAAGCAAAAAUAGAAGAUGAUUUGAAUGGUGAGAACAUCGUAUCCCCAAGCAAGAAACUUGAAGAUCUAAUCCACCUAGCUGAACUCUGCGUUGACUUGCUACAACAAAAUGAAGAACACUACGCUGAAGCUUACAGAUCGGACAAAGCCUUUGCGUGGUUUAGUGAUCUACUCGUAGAACAUGCUGAGAUCUUCUGGUCCUUAUUUGGGACUGAUAUGGAUCAAGUUCUAGCUGAGCAAGCUCCGGAUACCUGGGAUUCUUUCCCUCUUUUCCAAAUUCUAAACGACUAUCUUCGAGCGGAUGAUAAUCUGAGGAAUGGUCGAUUCCAUCAACACCUUCGAGAAACUUUUGCGCCUUUAGUUGUAAGAUAUGUUGAUUUGAUGGAGUCAUCUAUUGCUCAAUCGAUUCAUAAAGGAUUUGAAAAAGAACGAUGGGAAAUCAAAGGGAAUGGUUGCGCAAUAUCAGAAGACUUAUUUUGGAAAUUGGAUGCCUUGCAAUCUUUCAUUCGGGAUCUUCAUUGGCCUGAUGCCGAUUUCCGAGUCCAUCUUGAGCAAAGACUCAAAUCCAUGGCUUGUGAUAUGAUCGAGUCUUGUAUUCAAAGAACUGAAACAGCGUAUCACCAGUGGUUGAAGAAAGGGGUGACGUUUAUCUCAACUGAUUACAUCAUCCCGUCAGAGAUGUGUGCCAUGAUCAAUGUCAUACUCGAUGCGAAAAAUCAAUCUUUCAAACUUUGCUCAGUCGAUGGUGUGGAUAUCUAUAAGUUUCACUCUAAAAUUGACGAUCAGAUCGAAAAAGCGACUGCAAACAUGACUCAAGGAUUAAUCAGCAAGUUAGUUUCAGUAUUGGAAGCAACAUUAUCGAAGUUGUCCCGAUACGAUGAAGGAAGCCUUAUUGGAUCCAUUUUAAGUUUUACGAAUGUUUCAGGUUCUGGGAAGGAAAUGGGCCAAGCAUAUGUAAAUUUUACCCGGAACUGUAUGGAUCAAAUCAGAAGUAAAGUUAACGAUGAACUUUGGAUUCUCAACUUCUUUGAGACCUGGUAUACUGCCCAAGUCCAGCUCCUGUGUAAUUUUCUUUCGGAGCGUUUGGACCACUCGCUUCAUCCUUAUCAGUGCACCUGCCUUGUUCAAAUAAACAAGAAAUUGUAUCCUGAUUUUGAACUGCAAGGGGUGAUGGAAGACAAGUUGAAUUCUAAAACGUAUCAAACUAUUGCUGCUCGGCUGCAGACGGAAGAAGCCACUUGUGCACUAACAAUGAAUACUCAGGGUGGAGAUGAUGAUUUCGGAGAUGAUGAGGAUGAAGAUAAGAAACCAAAAGUGACAAUAAGAGAGACGCUCGGCGGUGAAGACAAGGACAUUGUCGGAAAGGUAUCCAACAUCACGAGUAAUGUUGUCGGCAAAGUGGGAAACGUCUUCGGCAAAGGAAUUGGCGGACUUGCGAGUAAAAUGGGAGGUCCAAGUUGGUUUUAAGCCCGUUAUUUUCUCCAGGUUUGUUUUCCGUUUUGUUCAGUGAUGAACCGCGGUUUUUGUUUUUUGCUUUUUCUUCUUCGUGAGGUAUCACUUUCCAUAGGUUUUUGCAUUCUCCAAUCGAAUGGGAAAAUCCUUGAAGCGAAAUUCAAUUGAAGGAUGGUGGAGCAGAUUUGAUACGAGCAGACUUCGUAAUAAUCUCGAUAAGUCGUCAAAAUUAAACCAACUUUCUAUUUGCUCUCGUGGUUUACGGUGGAAAAAUUUUAUUUCCGAUCAGAAUCAAAUCUUGUGGAAAAAAUUCAAAAGAAAGCUAACUUGUUCAUCGCUGAACAUCCGUUUUUCGAAAUUUUCUUAUCCAGCCAGAAGAGAUGCCAGCAAAAAGCCAAAUUCGAAUCCUUCGAACCAUGAUAUCCACCAAUUGUCGCAAAGCUCGUGCUUUUUAUCAGUCUUGUACAUAAACUGGUACUUCAGGAUUCGCUCUUUUGAGGACCUGUAGCCGGUGCCUCUAUUGCACUUCAGCGAAAUCAAAAUGUUGGUCUCUGUGACAAUUUUCGGCUCGGUGGGAUCAGCGGUGAACGGUGAAAAAACAUCGACAGUAGUAGAUCGCUUUUUCAUCGCCUUCAAGGCAAAAAUUCUAAAGAAAGUGGUAUCCUCUCUGAAUUUUCAUUUUUCAUUUAGCUCUGAAUGAUCCACCUUAAUUAAUAAACUCCUCUCCUAUCCUCCAAAACUUUCAAAUUCGUUCAAUAAUCGUGAAGACUCACAAGAAGCCACUAAACGUUGCUGAUUGUGUAUUAAUUUGCUAAGGCAUACGAAUAAAUUUGUAAAAAAAUAAAUAGUGUAGCUAGUCAUCGAUAUUUUUUUAUUUAUAGAGUUUUCUUAAUUUUAUAAUGUCAUAAUUAUUUAGAGACGCAAAA